AUGUUUCGACAGGUAGAGGUUGCAGAAGAAGACCGAAACUUGCAGCGUAUCGUCUGGAGGUCAAACCCUAGUGAAGCGUUACGGACUUAUAGACUGGGAAGAGUUGCAUACGGUACAACUUCUGCUUCAUUCAUGACCACAAAAUGUCUGUCAGUCCUAUCAGAAGAAUUCAACAGUCAGUUUCCCAAUGCAGCUAAGGCAGUACGAACAGAUUUCUACAUGGAUGACCUCCUGUCUGGUGCACAAACUGAGGAAGAGUGUUUACGUCUACAGAAGAAUAUUACUAGGAUAUUGAAUUCAGCAAAAAUGCCAUUACGAAAAUGGUGUUCAAACUCGCAGUCAGUACUCGAACAUAUCGACAACAAAAAUGAUGAUGAGUUAUUAGUGUUAGAUUUGGGUGCAAAUGACGUAAUUAAAUCGUUAGGCCUAUGUUGGAAGCCAGUGGUAGACGUCUUUCAGUUCAACGUAGCGAUUUCUGACAAGAACAGUGAAGCAACUAAGCGUAGUCUCCUGUCCGCUCUAAACAGUAUAUUUGACCCACUAGGAUUCCUUGCUCCAGUGUUGGUAAAAGGAAAAAUAUUUCUGCAGCAACUAUGGCUCGUUAAAGCAGAUUGGGAUAGUUCAUUGUCUGUUGAAAUAAAACAAAAAUGGUACAAUUACUGGUCAGACCUCAGUACGCUUAAAACACUGGAAAUUCCAAGAAAGGCAGUCGCAUGUGCAGGAUUAAGGACCGAGUUUCACGGCUUUUGUGAUGCAUCAGAAAAUGCCUAUGGUGCAUGUAUUUAUGUACGGUGUAAACUGCCAAGCGGAGUAUGGCAAUCACGAUUAUUGUGCGCAUCUACUCGGGUCGCCCCUCUCAAGGGAGCUACAAUCCCUAGAUUAGAAUUGGGGGGGAGCCCUAGUACUGGCUCAGUUAGCAAUGAAGUGUUGGGAUGGUUGAAUAGUCAAUCUAGUCGUUUGAAAACUUAUGUGUCAAACCGUGUUGCACAGAUUUUAGAUAUUACCAAUACUGAGCAAUGGUACUAUGUUAGGACUUAUGAUAAUCCAGCAGAUGUGUUAUCGAGGGGUGUGAAGGCGCAAGACUUGAAAGGCAUUGAGUUGUGGUGGAGUGGACCAAAAUGGCUAUCUCAUGAGCAAAAUGGUUGGCGAUUCGAACGAGUAUCACUGCCAACUGGAGAAGAAUUACCUGAGCAGAAAACCGUACGUUUCGUUCUUUUAACAGUGCAGUUACCAAUGCGACUUGUUGAUUCAUGCUCAAACUGGCAACGCCUACGUCGAGCAACUGCGUGGAUUCUGCGGUUCAUUGAAUUCAUAAAAACUAAACGUACCCCACAACUAAUACGCUACCUGACAGUUAAAGAGUUAAUGGUUGCUGAACAGAGACUGAUAGCUUAUGCUCAAAGGGAAGCCUUUCCGGAGGAGCAUGAAGCAUUAGCAAAAAAUAAGGACAUUCCUGGUCGAAGCAAGUUAAGGUCAUUGAACAUCGGUCUAAGGUAUGGCAUGAUAGUAGUAGGUGGUCGUCUUGACAAUGCCAAUCUUUCACAAGACCAAAGACAACCAAUAAUUCUUCCAUACAAUCACAGAAUUACACAGUUGAUAUUCUUAGAUUAUCACAUGAAAUUAUUGCAUUGUGGUCCUCAGUUAUUAUUAGCGGAAAUCAGGCAGAGGUAUUGGCCGCUGUCUGGUAGACUAUUAGCGCGCUCAACAGUUCGAAGGUGCGUGAAGUGUGUACGGAGCAAACCGAUCUUUAAAAUUCCAAUAAUGGCACCAUUACCAAGGGAAAGAGUACAAUGUUCACGUCCCUUCACGUACACGGGCGUGGAUUUUGCAGGACCGUUAAUCAUCCGAAGCGGAAUCAGGGGUCGAUCAGGAACAAAGGCGUGGGUAUCAAUAUUCGUGUGUUUUUCUACAAGAGCGGUUCAUAUAGAAGUAGUCGAGGACUUAACGAGCAAGGCUUUUAUAGCGGCCUUAAGACGAUUUGUUGCUAGACGAGGCAAACCCGCAGAACUGUGGAGCGAUAACGGAACAAACUUCGUUGGAGCAAACAAGGAGUUGACCAAAUAUACUCAACAUCUUGGCAGUCAGCUAGCAAAUGAAGGGAUCACCUGGCGUUUCAAUCCCCCAUCAGCCCCUCAUUUUGGAGGGCUGUGGGAAGCAGCAGUUAAGAGCGCUAAACACCACUUGGCUAGGACUACUGGAGAGGCAAAGCUAACUCUAAGUGAGCUCAGUACACUGCUAUGUCAAAUUGAAGCCUGCCUCAAUUCCCGACCAUUGACACCUAUGAGCAGCGAUCCUAACGACUUCACUUCACUUACCCCAGCGCACUUCUUACUCGGUGCACCUGUAACGUCGUUCCCAGAACCUGAUUUAAAUGGCGAAGAACCACAUGCAAUGCGACGUUGGAAAUUUGUACAACAUCUGCUUCAAACUUUCUGGAAGCGAUGGCACAUGGAGUACCUACCCCAACUACAGGUCCGUGGAAAGUGGACAUCAGGAAGCUCCAACCUAGCCAUAGACGAUUUAGUAAUUGUCAAAGAAGACAACCUACCGCCCUUUAAGUGGCACUUAGCACGCGUUAUAGAACUACAUCUAGGUUGUGACGGUAACGUAAGGGUUGUGUCCGUACGUAACUCUUCCGGCAAAACAAUGCGCCGUCCAGUCGCAAAACUUUGCAAGCUCCCAAUAGAUUCAGAGAAGUCUGUUGAAAAAUAG